AUGGGGCCGGGGUCGCCCAGGGCCGCGGCCGCGCACUCCCCCGCUCGCGCCGCCCUGCGCCGGUCGCCGUCGGCCGGCACCGUCAGUCCGUCCGUCGGCGGCCAGCCCCCCUCGGUCAUCCGCUGCCUUCCCGCCAUCCUGCUGUCCAGCCCCAACUGCCCACUCCUUCUCCAGGCUGGUGGGUGCAGCUGCCUCCAGUGUGGUCUUGCUGGGCAGUCCCAGCUCUGGGCCAAGGUGGCCUUGCUGGAUGCCUGGAUCUGUGCCAAGCAAUGCCCCGGGGCUGAGGAGCUGCUGCCUCCAUACCACUUCUGGGGAAGCUGCAAGGAGCUCAUCAGCUCUGGGGAGCAGCUGGUGGAGACACUGGGGGUGUUGCAGCAAAUGCAGCCUGGCAGGUGCCUGGGCCAGGACAGUAGCGGGGUGGGCACAGAGCAGUGGGCUGUGGGAGCUGCGGCUACUGGCUCCAGUGCCCUGGGAGGAGGCGUGCGCCUGCCCAUGGCCCCGGCAGGAGCUCUGUCGCUGAGUGACAAGGGUUAUUAUGCUGUCACAGGCCACCCAGCAUUCUCUCCCACCCUGCUGAAGGGCAGCUGGGAAUCUGGACUCUGUCCGCCUGUGUCUGAGGAUGAGGCCAUGGCUGCCCUGAGGUGGCCCAGGCCCUCCCAUCAGCCAGGUGACCUGCGGGGAGCUACCCAUGUGGCCUGGUCCGACUACAUCGAGCAGCCAGGCCCCCAGGGGAAGGCCUGCAGCUACCCAGUGUGGUCCGAAGCCGAUGAGGCCAAGGAUGGGGACAGCUCGGUGUCAUCGGGCCGCCUGUCUGGCUCCUCUGGGGGCCAUGAGUCCUGCACAUCUCCCCCUGGACCCUGGAAGGAGAAGCCCCCCAAGGUGCUGGGGCCCUGGCGGCCAGCCAGAGAGAGCAACCCGAGGCUGGAGCAGCUGAGGGACAGGAUCCGGGCCCAGGCACAGUGGCAGGCCAGCUGCACCUCCCUGGGCACCUCCACACGGUCCAGCACCUCACGCCUCUGUGGAGCCCCCAAGGCAGACCCCCAGAGGAAGGCCAGGAAGCUGACGACCCCCUCUGCGGCCCCAUGGGACACCCUCAAGCUCAGGUCCUCCGCCAAAGGCUUAGGCACCCUGAGUGUGGCUCUGUGUGGAGUAGAAGACAAGGCAAUCCCUGGCCGGGGGCGAGAGCCCUCGGGGAUUCCCCAGCGCCAGGCCUCAGUUCCACGGGAGAAAGCCAAAAGGAUGAAAAGUAGUCCUUGCAAAAGGGAGAAGGCCCUCAUAGCACCCACCCCCAGAAGAGCUGCCAAAGACAAAGGAGAGACCUUGCAACGUGUCCACUGUCUCCCAGCCCUCCGGGGACUUGGAGCCCUCACGCAGCAGUGCCUGUGGGCCGACCAUGUACUGGGAGAGUCAGACGAAUACAUGGAGAUGGUGGUGGGCCUGAGGCCACAGAUGAAUUUCUACUUCAGGUGCCGCAUCCCCUUUGCCAUGGAGCCUCACCAGCGUACAAGACCAAAUACUUUCCUCCGGCUCGGCUGGGUGCGGCAGUUAGCUGUGGAGUUGGCCUCCCUUUCGCCCCAAGAUUCUGAGUUGGUUGGUAUUCACACCUGGAGGAAAGGACCAGCUCUGGUGAGGGCUCUGCUUGGGCCUCCUCUUGCCCUCCCCAGGCUCCAGAGCAAGCCCUCAAGAGACCAGGCCCCCACUGCAGAACUAGGGGACAACAGGAAAGUGGGGGCUGCCAAGAGCUCCCCUGUCCGCCCCCGGAUGCCUAGUCCAGCCUUUCUCCGCGGUGACCUGCAGGUGUCUGCCAACGCACCCAGCCUGGCUUCUUAUGAUCAGCCUGUGACCAUCCAAAAUGCCCUGGCUGUCCUUAGAGACCUCCGCCAGCAAAUCCAGACUGGGCUGGAGCUGGCCCAGAGCCGCCACCCCAGGGCAGGGCCAGAGCUGGGGAGGUCAAAGCUGUGGCUGCAGAACCUGGCAGGGAGGAAACAGCAGGGUCCCUGGAGCAUCUCGGAUGUGCGGGGCCCCUUUUCCAAGAGUCCUCAAGCUGGGAUGGAGGGGAAGCACUCCUCCUUAGAGAGGGCUGGCUGCUUCCCCAGUGGGCAUCACCGGAACACCCUGGCUGGGUGGGAGUCCUAUCCCCAGAAGACUGGAACUGCCCAAGGAUGGAACCUCUCCUUUCAGAGAGGUUUCACGCCUGGGAGCCCCCCUGAAAGGCUGACCUCCUUCCCCCGGCGUCCCUGGAGUGCCUCUGCCGGGCAGGCCUCCAGGCUCCAGAGGACCGGGGAGGCCCAAGGAUGGAACCCCUCCUUCCUGAGGUCUGGGAGCCCCCCUGAAAGGCUGACCUCCUUCCGUCAGCGGCCCUGGAGUGCCUCCGCUGGGCAGACCUCCAGGCCCCAGGGGACUUGGACUGCUUAUGAAGACUGGGAUACCCCCGCCCGGAGACCACUGAGCCCUCUUGCCCAGCGGGCCUGGAGUGCCUCCUUCAUGCAGAGCACUGGCACCUCAGGCAAGGGCAGACGACCCCUCCUGCCUCCCUCGGGAGUCAAGCGGGGCUGGCCGAGGAAGGAGAAAGAGGUACGGGUGCCGCCACCCUGCCAGAAGCCCCAGGGGGUCCUGGGCCACCCCUACAGCUCUGAGGUGCUGCGGGAGUUCAUGCACCAAAAGUCGCUGGCCCGGCGGCAGCAGGCCAUGAAGGAGAAAGCCUCGGCUGUGCGGGCCCUUGAGCUGAGGAACCAGAGGCUGCAGGACGUCUACAGGAAACAGAGGGAGGCCGUCCUCAGCAAGGCCGUCCCUGUGGUCUCCCAGACAACCCCCGGCAUUGUGACCUUCUUCCCACAUUGUGCACAGUCCAGGGGCCUAGAAGCCCCCGGGAGCCUGGGGUCCCCUGUCCUGGAGUGGAGCAAGGUGACAUCGGGCAUGGUGCUGGGGGACCAGGAGGCUCCAGGCAGCUUCUGCCUGUGUUUGAACAGAGCCUUGAAUCGCACUGAGACCCUAGAGACAGGCGGCCCCCAGGACGGCUGGGAGGGCACCCCCGUACUGAUGUCGGCCCGUUCCUCCUUGGGCCCCCUGAAGCUCCAGGACCUGACCACCCGCUACCCGCGCCCUGGGGUAUGCAUCUACCUGGACCCCGAGGAGAGCGAACGCCUGGGCAUGCCGGGGCCCCUGCACUUCCGGUACAAGCAGGCCCGGCUACAGGCACUGGAGACCAUGGCCAAUGUCUUGAAGCAACGGAUUGACAUCCUGACGGCCAAGCUGCACAAGUCAGAGGCACCGGACACUGUUGGGGACCCAGUCUCAGACCUGUCAUCCUCACACCCCAUCAUGGUGCCCGCUGACCCCACGCCUGCAGACCCAGUCUGCCUUGGAGCUCUGGUGCCCAAUGGGAGCAGAGAGGCCCCCUGGGACUGGACGGACAUGCGGGCCAGGCCACUGGUCUCACCCACCUGCUUCCCAGGUGGCCAGACGCUGCCAUGGAGUCCCGACUGGGAGCGGCGGCAGAGUGUGAGCCCAAGGGGCCAUUACAACAGCAGGCCCCGAGGUUUCAUUGAGGACGGGUGUUUGGAGCUGGAUAACAGGCUGGCAAGAAACACGGCUUCAUUCCCGGCCCUCGGCUCCUUCAUCGGGAGCUCCCUCGGGGUGCCAGCCGUGUUGGACCCCACCUGUGGCUCCCUGCAGCUGGAGGAGAUGCCGGCGGCCAGAGGGGUGGGCUCCAUCAUGCCCUGGACCAUGAGAGGCUGUGGUAAGGGCGAGCCUGCGGACAGGCCCUGGGCUGGCUGGUCGGGUGGCCGGGGGGCUACAAGUGCAGGACUACAGAGCCUGUGUCCCCCAGAUGACCGUCUGGGGAGCUGGUAUGCUGUGGCCAGAGGUCAAUGUCUCCAGCACCUUGCCAACAUCCCCCGGAAAUCCCGGGGCUUUCUCAAGUCACUGCAGCCGGACCUGCAGGAGCAAGAGCAGGCGCUGGCCCUCCUGCGGCAGCGGGCAGAGCUGGAGGUCUGGGAGACACAGAAGGCCCUGGACCAGCUGCUCUUCAAACACUGUCUACAGCAGCUGAUGAAGAAACAUUCCACCCAGGCCAGGCCAGAUCCAGCUUUGGAGCGGGAGCAGCCACAGGUGUGCAGAGACCUGCAGCCGAGGACCUCACCAAGUACCGUGACAGCCAGACCCAGAUCACACCCAGCACUGAGCAGAGAGACUGCUGCAGCCCUGCAGGGUCCCCAGGACGGGCUUUGGGCGCAGCAGGACAAGUCAGCUUCUGCAGAGCCCAGGCAGGAAGUGGGACCAGACCAAGUGUCUUUGCAGCUGCCGCAGGCCAGGCUCUAUGCUCGGGUCAACCCCACCCACCAGAUGCUCGAGCUGAGCCAGCGGGAGGAAAAGCUGCGCGCGCAGCACCAGGCUGCGCUGCUGCGCCUGCGCGAGAAAACUCUGGAGGAGAAGAUGCGCACCGAGCUGGCCUGGUUGGAGCAUCAACGACGGUGUCUGGGCAGCAAGGGGAGCGCCGCCUUGCUGGCAGCCUUGGCAGAGAGACAACAGCAGGCCCUCAGCCGGUUAGAGCAGGAGCAGAGAGAAAUCCGGUGCCUGCAAAACACUCACCUGUUCUCACACAAGGAGAGGAUGCUGCUCCUGCAGCACCAGAAGGACAUCCUCUCCCUGCGGAAGGCUGUGAAGCAUCUGCAGCAGGAGUUCCAGGCCUGGACCGGGGUGCCUCAGAGCUCUGGCCCCGGAGUCAAGCCUGCUCCGAUGGAGGGGUCCAAAACAAGUCCACAGUCCAAGAGGCCGGCCCAGGGCUCCUUGUGCCCCCCGACACCUCGUGGGCCCCGCAACCUCACCAGCCACGGCCUCCAGAGAAGCCCUGAGAGACCAGGAGCCCAACACCCUGCUGAGCAGAGGGCAGCAGUGGGGACCCCGAGGGGGCCCUUCUCCAACUGGCUGGCCUGUGGGGAUAUGGGCCGACAUCAGGGCUUCCUGGCCCAGCGGGAGGAGCACAGACAGGUGUCCUGGUCAGGGCCCAUCCCCUGGGGAGGGCACAGCCUGAGCAGGGUCACAGCCCCUCUGUGCUCACUGCCUUGCAGACUUCCCAUCGGGCAGGAAGACAGGACACCCCCCCAGGCCACGUCAGCUACGGACAGUCACCGGCUGCCUCCAAGGCCUGUGUGGGGAGUGGACACGCUUGUGGCCGGCGGCUGGCCUGACACUGGGGGCCAGCUGGCAAAGAGCCACAGCCCCGUGGGCCAAGGAAACCCGCAGCCUAACCCCAGCUCCUUGUCGUCAAAGGAGGAGACCUGGCCUCUGAAGGGAAGCCCCCCACAGGAACUCCAGGGCCAGUGUUCCCUGGGCAGAGGGGCUCCCUGCAGCCCCCCAAAAACCAGUGUGGUUGAAGGCAGCACAAGCCCAACAGGGUCGAAAUUGGGGCUGGAUUUUUCCAGCAGCCCCAUGGAGGAUCCCCACCAAAUGGAAAGCUGGUGGUUGGGGGAACAGAGGAUAGAGCCCUGUUGGCAGGAGGACCCCUACAACCCCUUCCCUCAGCUGGAAGCUGCUCCGCUCACUGCUGCUCCAGCUCCUGCACCACCCAGCCUGCGUGAGGGCAGCCCCCUGGGCCUGGGCCCCGAGUCUGAGUCCAAGUACACUCCCUGGAGCUGCUCAGGGUCUUCUGCACGGUCCCACACCGCGUCCCCUGUGAAAGAGCUGUCCUGCCCCUCUCUCCAAGAGUUUCAGAAAGUGUCCGCCACUCUGGUGCAGCUUUCCGAGAGCUCCACGUCCCUGUUGGACUGGGCAGCUGGGGAUGCCCCAGACGGGGAACCUGGCAGGUCCGGGGAGUUCUCUCCUCAAGACACCCAGGGGCUCCAUGGAGGUGGGGGGCAGGUGGCCUGGGAGGGGCUGGGGGGCACUGGGGCCAGUGCCCUGCACUGCUCCUCCAUGGAGGCAGGAGGCCCAGAGCCAGGUCCAGGCCUCCUGCAAGAGGGCCAGCUGCUGCCUCUCCAUUGUAUGCCUUCUUCCAGGUCAGGGUCAGAGCUGUCAGAGGCGUCCAGCAAAGUCUGGGACGAGGAGAACCUGCUGGAGCCAGGCCCUGGUGCGGACCCAGCCUUAGGGCGCUCCUCGCUGGCAGGAGGCUCAUCCCACCUGGAAAGUGGUGGGGUGUCCUGCUCUGUACUUCCUUCCUUGGACCUUGGGAAGGAGCAGGAAGCUUCUGGAACCAGUGGGAGCAUGAUCAGUGGAUUACAUGCAGAGAGAGCCAAACAGAAGUCCCCCGAGGCUGCCCGAAAUCCACUCCCAUCCAAAGCCUCUUCCUCCAGUGACUUAGAUCUGUCCCUUUCCUUUCCCUCGGGGUCCUUGACAUCCGAAGAGGUGGAUUUUGCCAAAGGAGGAGAGCCUGUGCUUCUGCAGGCCUCAGCUGGCCGCCCACAGGAGCCCGGGAAUGCUGACCUGAGUCCAUCCAAUGACAAGAAACCCCAGGAGGCCGGGUCUGAACCCAAGGUCCCUGUGAGCCUGCGGGCUCCUCCUGGGGACCCUGGCAGUCUGGUAGCCCUGACACCUGAGGGCCGGGCUCCUGGGCAUAGUGGGGAUGGAGACUCCCCUGCCCUGGAGGAAGCCUGCCCCACCCUGGCCAGCAGGGUCUUGCCUGAGAUCCUGUCCCCUGUCGACGACGUGCUGUCCUACAGCAGUGCCGACCUCCAGUCCUCUACCCAUAGGGAUGCCAGCCUCCUUCCUCCGCCUCCCACCUUCCCAGCAGAGAGUGAGGCCAGCCCCACCAGCCCCCACUCAGAAGACUUCCCUCCCCCACCUGAAGAUGCCAUGUUCCCUAGGGGCCCCCCAGAGGAGGACGCCUCCAUCAAAACUGGAGAGGUGCCCUCCUUGUCUAAGAAGGCCCCGCCUGAGGCCCUGUCUCUGGGGUCCCAGGAGUCAGGGCUUUUCCUGGGGGCAGGUGCGCACAGUGGAAGCUUUGAGGACAAGUUGGGUGGAUCAAGGUCUGAUGGGGGAACCCAGGCCAUGGGCAGCGGGUGGUCUGAACUGGUUGGCUGGCUAGGCUCCCCCUCAUGGGCGGGGGCAGGUGAUGCUGCACGGCAGGUGAUGCUGCAGCCCCCAGCCCCAUCCAGAGUGUCCUGUAUGGCCGGGGAUGGUCUUCCAGUAUUGCCGGUGGCUGGUGGCACAGGGCUGUCUGGCACCAGGCAGAGGGGCCCCUGCAUCGACCCACCCGGUGCAGAGAGAGCCGAGGCGGUCGAUUUAGUCUCCAGCCAGCUCACUAGGAGGAUCCUGUGCGACUCACUAGCUGUGGUCUCGGAGUUGGCCCAGCCGGCGGCCCGCUGACAGAGGAGCUGGCCUGUCCCCUAGGCUGACCCGGCGGCCUCGGGAGGAUGAGACUCCUGAGGAGACAGUGCAGCCCCCGUGGUGACAUGCAGGCACCUGUGACAUUAUACUCGUGUGUGCCCACAUGUGCCCACGUGUGCAGAAGACUCUGGAAGCCUGGACACCUGAGGGCAGAGCCACCAUUCAGAGUAGUCACCUACAGCUGGCCGUGCUGGUGGUCAUCUGACACUAGGCCGAGGACAGUGUGGUGGGAGACAUCAAGUGCAGUGGGCUCGGUAUUUUUUUGAACUUUGGGUUCAACUCCCAGGGCUGAGCCAGGCAGCAGGCCACGGAGAGCAUGAGCCAGGACUGAGAGCAUUAUCCACAAUGGCCGGGAGAGAGAGGUUCUGGGGAAGCAUGGGUGAGGUGGGCGGGGGGCAUGUUUGCACUGACUCACCCCCCAGCUCUGCUGGCGCCCAAGGCCCAGGCCUGCGAGGAUUAGAGGAGCCACCAGCUCAAGGGCCAAAGGUCAUCAGCCAAGCUUGGCCUGUCUUUUGGCAGCAGGUGGGCCACAGACUGACACCGGAGCCCUGGUGGCCAUCCAUUGUGGCCCCUUGUGGAAUGAGGGCCAUCUUCAGGGGUGGGGGCAGGGUGCUGAUCCCUCCAGGGCUUGGCUGCGCCCAUCCAGAGCCUUAGGCAUCCCCAGCUUUUAGAGAGGAGCUCAUCCCCUUCCCCUUGACUGCACUUAUGUGGAGCCCUAGGAAGAUCCAGACUUUGGUGACUUGGAGUGGAGAUGGGAGCUGUCCCCAAAGCUGGCCUGGGAGAGCCCUGAAGUCUGCCUGCGCCCUCCACCUUCUAGCUCCAGAGAGGGGCCCUCUCCAGGAAGCCCUCCCCCAGGCGCCAGUUCUGGGGCAGCCGCGUGUGCAGGUCGGCUGCUGGCCAGGUCAACCUUUGUCACACACUGAGUUGUUUUGCAGCUCAGGAAGGCACCAGCUCAGACAGUUCUUGCUGAUUCCACCCAGGAGAGGCUUGGAUGGGGGACAGGGGUUGUGUUCCCGCUCUGUGUACACGAUUUCCAAACAGAUUCUGAGCUACAGCUUUCUUAUCGAUUUCCUUCUCGUUUUCUGAACAGAUUAGUCUGUAAUUUUUUUUCUGUUUAUUGCUGACUCUUUUGGAUUUACAAGGCCAUGAGAGAGGAAUUAUGUAUUUUACACACACGCGUUUGGCAUGGUAAUA